AAAAAUUCGGUAUAGAUGCUUCAACAGUUUCUGAUAUUUUAAAAAAAAAGGAUUAUUAUCUCAAUCUUAAUCAAAAAUCAGUAGAAGUCAAAAGUCAAAGAGAUUGUUUACCGAAGUUUCCUCAACUUGAAACUGCUUUAGCUCUUUGGUUAGAUAAUUGUAUUAAUGCCAAUUUAUGUAUAAAUAAAGAUCUUCUUAUUCACAAGGCUCAUAAUUUUGCUAAGUUACAAAAUAUAAUCAAUUUUACCGGUUCUGAAGGUGCCUCUAUUGAAGAGCUUCCACACUUACGAACUGAAUUACAAACUUUUCUUCAAAAUUGGGAUUUAAAUGAUAUUUACAAUUGUGAUGGGAUAGGACUUUACUGGAAGAUGGAACCCAGUAAAACUCUUUCUACACAUUCUGUUGCUAGUACAAAAACAUCUAAAGAUCGAGUCACAGUUCUUCUUACUUGUAAUGCUAUGG